AUGUUCACUAAAAGUAUACAAGCUGGAGAGAUAAUGAACGUUUUCAUCAACUCCAGCUAUGAUAAGCGAAUUCGCCCACCAAGCCGCGAUAGUACAGGGAAGAAUGGUCCUGUAACAGUCAAUGUGAAUGCUUAUAUACGGAGCAUGUCGAACAUUGAUUUUGUACGAAUGCAGUACAACUUACAAGUGACGUUUCGACAGUUUUGGAGAGAUCCCCGUCUAGCAUAUGAAAACCUUUACCCUGGAAAAAAUUUCCCAAAGUUCAUCAUAAUCACAGAAAAAGAUCUCAUCUGGAUACCAGAUACGUUCUUUUUGAACGAGAAGGAGGCACAUCGCCAUGAGAUCGACAAACUGAACCUGCUAAUGCGAAUUUAUGCGAAUGGCAGCGUGAUGUACUCAGAACGGCUUUCUCUCACGCUCUCCUGUCCGAUGUAUUUGCACAAAUAUCCCAUGGACGAGCAGAAGUGUCGCUUACUCCUAGCAUCAUACGCAUUUACCACAGAUGACAUCGUUUAUCGAUGGGAAGAACAGAAUCCAAUACAGUACCAUGUUCAACUGAAUACAUCGCUGCCAAACUUCUCGCUAGCUUCAGCCGAGAUUGGUGAUUGCACCAGCUCCACGACAACUGGAGAAUACUCUUGUAUUCAAACCAUGUUCACAAUGAAACGAAUGUUCAGGUUCUAUGUGGCUCAAAUUUAUCUCCCAUCCACACUGCUGGUCGUGGUGUCAUGGGUUUCGUUCUGGCUGGAACGAACUGCAGUACCCGCGAGAGUCACACUAGGAGUUACCACGCUUCUCACAAUGACUACUCAGCUGUAUGGGUAUGCUUUCAGGCGGCUGCCUAUCAACAACAGUCUUCCUCCCGUAUCUUACAUUAAAGCUGUGGAUGUAUGGAUCGGAACGUGUCUUGCAUUUAUUUUCGCUGCGGUCGUCGAAUUCGCUAUCGUGUCCUACUGCGCAGCACCAAAACACGGUCCAAGUCAUCACAAAGAAUGCCUCUGUGCUGCAAGGGAGGCGACCGAUAAAGACAAAUCUGUAAGGUUCCCUUCGAAGCUUUGCUCAAUCGGACGAGGUGAACCGAAAAAACAGUUGGAGCGAAGGCAAAAAUACUGA